AUGUGGAUUUUUACAAUUUUGUAUUUCUUGGAAAUAUUCACUGAUUUUGUCGAUAAAGUGACUGACCGGAUCUCCAACAUCUCUUUCACAGGCUCCCGUGAUGUGCCGGUUGGAAUGUCAAAAUCGGAAAAACAAUAUAAUGAAACUAAGUCUGCUGUUGGAAAAAAAUGUUUGGGUGAAGUAGACACGAGAAAGGAAGACGAAGAGUGGUUAACCACUGUUUAUGAUGGAUCUUGUAUGGCUGGAAACAGCUUUAAAUGUUUUUUGGCUACCACUCCAGGCGAGAAUCGAGAAGCCAAAGUGAGCAGAUGGAACAAGUUCUACAAUAACUUGAGAACCUUCUUCCGUAUUUUUCGCAUAAACCGUAAUUUUUAA